ACUUAUCUAGGAUUGAAAUACGUCAUUCAUGAAUGCUGACAAUCGUUAGUGGUCCACAUUUCAUUCUGCGAUUCAGCGUGAUUUUUGCGUGUUAAAUUAAUUGAUGCCCUGAGUGAUCUGAUUCGAGGUCUGUGACAAGAUGCCUAUUGUUCUUCUGGAAACGAAUAUCCCGGCGGCGAACUUUGACAAGGAUUUCCCUAGGAAGCUGGCGAACAUCGUAUCAGAAACUCUGAGCAAACCUCUGAAGAGGAUUUCGGUGCGGCUGGAUGCAGGUGUGACCUUGUGCAGGAAUGGAACAACUGACCCAACUUGCAAUCUGCACGUGACAGCAAUUGGCGUAGGCCUGAACACCGAUGAAGGAGCAGUUCAAAGCGCUGCCUUCACUAACUUCCUCAUGGAGCACCUCCAUCUACCAAAAGACAAGGUCUUCGUGUACUUAUACCCUAUUGAGGCAUGCCAAGUGGGCAUGAUGGGCACAGUUGCGUCCGCAUUGUGAAGUUUUAUUCCCGAUUACAAGUGAUGCAGUUCAUUGGCGCCGCAUGUUGAUGGACAUCAUCAGACACCGUCCCUGAGACAUCUGUCGACUAAGUUCACCACAGAAACUGCAAAACAGUAGUAAACAAAAAGCAGAAACACAAAAAAAAACAUCCCAAGAAGUAGCAAAAAAGUGUACAGCAAACGAGGAUCCUCGAAGAAGGAUCUGCUCCUGCAUAAUGCGCAGUUAAUUUGAAUUUAUAGCGACUGAUCAACAAACUGUUGGAAUAUUCCCCAUUGAAAGCCAACGUUGAUGGGCGUUGACGUCAGAAAAAAGCUUUCAAUUCAAAACUAUGUCUCAUUCCUGAAGGAAUCGAUCUUUCAAGCAUCAAUUUGAUCAUUAGGAGAGUGUUUUAGUUCUCACUUCGAAUUUCAAAUCAUGGGGAUCAUGGACCCGGCGUGCGUGAAAUUUCAAAUAGAUGAUAUGGUUUUGCUAAUAACCACAAAGUCAAUAGAGCAUUUUCAAGGUUUCAUCUAAUAUCACCAAGGCAUUGUAAAUUUGCUGGAAAAAUGGUUUCAAUUUUUUUUCUUGAAGGAAUUCAUCAUCUUUGAAAAUCAUUCAUAUAAUAAUUAGAAUAAAUUAAUUUUUAUGCCAACUACCUUCUUUGAGUCGCCAGGUUCUUACGUUUUUCAAAAUUCUCUUUUUUGUCAAUUUCAUAUAGAUUCAGAGCCAAUGUUUCUUCGGAAUUUUUUUAAACUUUUCUCUGCCUGGAUAAUACCGUGUUUUAUGCUAAUGUAAGACGCUCAUUCCAGACUUCAAAUAACAAAAUCUUGCGUCUCAAAAUAUUCCGCGAUUCUCAUUCAAGAUUCAUGAGUUGAAAUUUCAGUCAAUUGAUUUGAACUCUUGGAACAGUUAGUGCAAUUCAAGUCAGUUUAGACUUUCAGCCUGAUUGUAACCCGUUUAACUGGCCAAUAGAAAACUGAAACUAGUCCAUAAAGGUGAUGAAACAUUUGGGCAUGUUUUCCUUUGCAGUGCAAUUUUUUUUUUAGUGAGAAUGUAUUGUCGUAACAUUUAUUGCUAGUCACUUCACUUCUGAGAAAAUCGGAAUGAAACCACGAUUGAAGUUUCUUUCUUGGAACGUAUUGUUUUCUAAAGCUAUUUUAAGUUCAAAAACUGAAGCAAUUUUUUAUUUACUGCGUGCAAUAUUCUGUAUUUACUCAGGCAUUAUUUGAAGCAAGUGUCUUAGGCGCGCUGGUCAUUUUUUUUUAUGGACUAAGAAACCACGUGUGUCUCGGAGUGGCGUCUUAGUUUUGCCUGAAUUUGUUAUUUCAGUGCUGAUUUUAAAUUGUGUGUAACCCUCUUGAUGUUUCAUACCGUCCAACGCUUGGAGGAGGUUAUUUGACUUUGGUUUCAUGUAUAGGCUCAACAUCUUGAAAAUUUUAGAAUUUUUUCUGGACAAAGUUUGUGAUAGAUACAAAUUGCUCCUCAGAAACUCAAAGUUCUAGAGAAAUUUUCCUGAUUUUGUGGAAGUGAUGAAGGCAUCGAGCAAUAAUCAAGUCUACCAUGACAGAAGUGUUCAGCACGCAGUUCAUCAACAUGGAAAGAAUUCGAGUUGCUCACUGUUGAGUAAAAAUUAUGUGUGAAUGGACAAUAAAAACAAGGAUGAAGGAAAA